AUGAACGAGGUUGCUUCCAAAUGUCAGAACAGCGAUCAGGAAUCGGCUCAAAUCAAGUACGGCAGCAAAAAGGCUAGAAGACAGCUGAAGGCUUUGGAGGACAGUUUCGAAAAGCAGAAGUACCUAUCUGUACAGGACCGACUUGAUUUAGCGAAACACCUCAAUCUUAGCGAUUCUCAAGUGAAAACUUGGUAUCAGAAUCGAAGAACAAAAUGGAAAAGGCAGUCGAACGUUGGACUUGAUUUAUUGAAUGAAAUGGAAAAUCUAAACGCCGUACAAAAUCUAGUACGCACAAAUCCGUACUGGUCUUCGUACCUCGUUUCCAACCGUUUAUCGUAUCAUCCGUCACUGUGCAAUAUGAUAUCCGGCACAGUUUUGCCUCCGGACAGACGGCCAAAGCAAAAUGCAGAGCAAGCUCGUUUACAUGACUUCUCAUCUGUGAUGUGCCGCUGA